AUGGAUAAAGAUUUUGAGUCUGAAUUGAAGGGGUCAUCAAGUCAAGCCACAGCCGCCAAACAUGAAAUAGCUAAAUACUUCAAACGCUAUGGAGAUUCUAGCCAUCAGGAUGCUAGGAAAUACCAACUUACAUUUGCCAGUAAAACUAUGUGCGCGAUCUCAAAGUGUGGGAAUAAACAUUUGGACAUAUAUUGCAACAUUAUUACAGAAAUUUUCGCUGACCACUUGUGUCCUGACAGCAGUGCGAAGUAUUGGACAUUGUAUGUUAAUUGCAUGCGAUAUUUCCAUUAUUUACUUGUGGAAAUGAAAGAUUACGAGAGGGCCUCUAUGAUAUACAGACACAUUUCAUCAUACAGCAAUAAUUUGCAAAAUACUGAAAUUAGCUUAAUAUUUAUCAAUAUCAACAGCUAUCAAUUGUACCUGCAAAAUACAUUAAAAUCUAAAAAUCAAGAACUGGCUCUAAGCGAAUCAACCAAUAUUGUCGAAAAUCUAACAAAAUUAUUUAACGAUAUUUUAGAUACAAAUAAGAAACAAAAUUUCCAAUAUCCUGACGUACUCAACAAAACAAUGUCCUGGUUGUUUCCACAAAAUAAGGUUGGCACAGUUUAUCAGUUUAUAAAACAUUUACCCAAUGAUAAAGUUAAACAAAUGUUUAAUGCAUUAUUCGCUCUGUACGGACGCCAAACAAUUGACAAGCCCACCUCCAAUGAAGUCGAAGUACAGGAACAUGCCAAAUUUAUAAUCGAUACAAUUUACACUUUGCUACAGUUUGACCUAAUAGAUAAAAUGCAAUUACAACUGGCUGUUCAACUUUUGGGUCAUUGUCGCACUGAAUCUCGCUUACAAACUAAUAAGUCAAUUGCUGAAUUAUUACUGCUGCUCUACGAUUAUUUAAAGUUAUUAUGUAACCAAAAGCCCACUCUAGAUUUUCAACGCAUUUAUAGCUUACGAUGUGAACGUUUUAAGGAACUCUUUGAUAAAUAUUCAAAAAGUGUUAUUAAUAAACCCUGGUUUGGUGAUUUCUUAGUGUUGAUAUUUUUUGUGCAUUCUCAACUGCAAAAUGUUGCAAUAUUUGGAGGUUUUUGGAAGCAAAUGUCUAAGCCGCAUUGCUAUCAAUCUAUGUUUGUAUUGUUAGUGGAAUCAAUGAAAUUGGCGCCAUGUAUAUCGGCGGAAACGAAAUUAUUUACAACUAAUUGCUGUACCAGCACACGGAAGCAUGUAAUUCUCUCAUUUGCUCAGAUUGCUUUGGCCGCCUUUGUGUUCUAUUGCCAGAAUGUUGGUGAGGAAGAUGAAAGACAAGAGGAAUUGCUAAAUCGUGAUAGUAAUCUCACUGAUUACUACAAAGAGACAAUACAAAACAAUCUCAUACUGAUAAUAAAUCAUGCCUUUAAAAUAAUUGACAAAAUGGAUUGUAUUACCAGCAACUCACAAGAAAUAGAAAUAAUAUUGACACGUUUUAAGCAGGCAACAUUAAGUUGUAAAACCUACAAACAAGCUGGUACCUGCGUAUCGAUAUGUGAAUUAUAUUUAAAAAUCAAAACAAAAAUACCCGGUAAUGAAUGGCCUUUGAUAUUGAGGCGCCUAUAUAAAACCGCCACACAGCACAUUACUGAUGCACCACACAUUGGACGCGAUAUACAAAUGUGCUAUAUAGCAUCGAUGCUACAUGAAACGAUAAGCGAAAUUGAUAUUGGUAAAAUACGAAUGCAAAUAUGUAUAUUUUAUGCAGCCGAAACAAUGACAACAGCUGCCAGUCCAAAUAAACCACAACAGCAACAGUUAACUCAUGAAAACUGUUUGAUGCAUUUAUAUCAUACCACCACAUGUUUACUUAGGCCCCACUUGGAACCCCCACGCAAGAAGUUAUUACAUUGGUUGGAGAGUCAACAUAUUUUAAAACAUUAUAAAUCAAAUACUGCGCUUUUACAUUCUGUCCUGAAAUCAUCCCAAACUCAUUAUGAUUUUGUUAUAAUAACAAAAUUGGGAAAAUUACAGACUUAUGCCAUGGCAAAAAUCUCUUCAAUACAGAAAGCUUUAAAGUCAAAAGCCAAAGAAUUGGGUGGUCUAAGUCGUCUGGAGCAAUUGACAUUUGGUCAUGUGAGUGUCAUGUUACUGAAUGACAUGAAUUCAAAUCAAAAAUUCCAGGUCGAUUCAAAGGAUUUGAGUGAAGAGAAGUUGGAGAAUUUAUUAACGCGUGAAGAAAUGUCAUCAUUUACGUUGCACAAUGAUUUGAAGCGUUUCAAAUUGGCUUGGGAGGCUUUUGAGGCAUUUAAAAAUUUUUAUGAAAAGUUUGACAGUGAACAAAUAUCCAUGGAUGAUGCCAUUAUCGAUUGGGAGUCCAUUUUAGAUGAUGUUGCCAGUUUGGCACUUUAUUUACAAUUGUCCGGUUAUAUGGAACAGUGUUCACAAAUCUGGUUGCUACACUAUAAAUGUUCACUUCUGAUACAAGAUAGUUUCUCCGCCCUACGAGGAUUAGCAUUCUUCUGUGAAUAUUCCGAACACUAUGAACAAAAUGUUAAUAAUAAACUCAAUAAACUGGAUGAAGAAAUUCAAUAUCAUUUCCCUACCAUAACACAGGCACUGGACAAUUUAGCCAAUCUUCAAAGGCAGACAUAUCAAAAUUACAUUUUAUUGGCCGUCCUACAAAUAGCUCACUAUUAUGCACGAUCAUCGCGUUUAUCUUUUGCUCAAAUGUUACUGCAAUGUGUGCAGCAAAAACAUGACGAACUAGCCGAACGUCAGGGACGUUAUGAUAUUAUUUUGGCCACCAUGGAUGCCAUAAAAUUUCGUUUAUUGUGGAAACAUUUUGAUGAUGCAAAAGCGACCGCAGAACAGAAGGCUUCACGCACAAGCGCUGAAAAUUUGCUACUACAUCGUUGUUUGUUGCAUGAAGUUGAAGAAACUUUGGAUCGUUUCCAUGAUUUCUCAUACAUCAGCUCCAGUGAUGGUCUAUUGUAUUCAAUUUUGAUAAUUGGUUUAGUGCAAGAAUUAGCCGAAUGUACGGUCAAUCGUUUAUGUGAUAAUUUUAUUAAUGCACUUUUUAUAGCCACAGCUAAGUGCACAUUACUAUUGGGUCUGGCGUUACGUUUCGUUCAGGUGAUGAGUAUGUGGAUGUGGGUGAAUUUACAAAUGGAAUAUGUUAAUAAGGCCCAGACCAAAUUACAAUUAAUUGAAUAUGUUAUGGGUACAAAAAGUCUUCAAGAACUUACAGAAAAGUGUUCCAAAUCUGUUAGUGACAUACAAUCUAGUACUCUAUUGCCAACAAAUUGUACUGAGUUUUUAACACAAAACCAUCAUAAUCCUGGUAUGGAGGCAAUACGCCGCUUAGCACAAGUACAAUUAUCACCUAUAAAAACGGACAAACUACAAUUGAGUCCCUCACAUCGUAGUUCUGAUCUGAAACAUUAUUUUAAGUGUACCAUCGAUAGUAAACUGAUGCCGCAAAACGAACAAAUCGAGUGGACACUUUUUAUGGUGGGCUGCUUAAAUGCCCGUCUCUAUUUUCUUGUAGAGGACUAUGAUCAAUUGGAAAAAUUUUACGAGAGAGGCAGCAAAUGGCUACAAAUGCGUCAGAAUAGUUUUAAUAAGAAAUUAUACAAAAACAUCCAACUAAUGGCCAUGCAGCAUUAUGCAAAUUUUCUUAGGGCACGCCGGCUAUACGACAAGGCUCUGCAAUGUCUGGAGUAUGGAAUUGAGUUGUGUGAAAACCAGAAAUUGUAUGUAGAUGCUGUAUACUAUGUUAAUUUCCAGUUACAGUUGAUAGUCACACGAAAAGAAAUGAGUGAGAGGAAUAAUGCAAAAGUCAAUUGGCCUACUCAUAGCAAACCAAGGAGAGCUUUGGAAUUCAAUAUAUCACCGGAAAAUAAUAGUAACAAAAAUAAAGAGAAGUUGUUACAAAAUGUAAUGGCUUCGGGGAAAAAACCAGGCGCAACAAUGCGACCGCUGCCGAAUAUUGUGAGUGGAAGUGGUUGUUCCUCCUCAAAGAAACCUAAAACUCUACCUGUGGUAUGCUUUGGUGGCAGCAGUAGUAGUUCCGGUAGUAGUUCUAGUUUAGACAUCAAACUAAAACAGAAGCCCAUACAUAAAUUUGAUAUUUGUGAAGAUUCUAAUGAAAUCGUGAAAGUCGUGGAAAAUAUAGCAAUAGACGCAAUCGUUGUCGAAGAUACAACCAAAUCUAUAAAACGAACAAAAAGUCUGCAGGAAAAUGAACAACUACAUAAAACUCCUAAAGUGAUUAGAAAUACCUCAAAAUCAUCGAAAACUACUGCCACUAAAUCGACUACUAAAAUUAAAAGACCAGAAAUUGUACCUAAGUAUCACAUUGAUAUCGAUUUAACCGAUUCUCCAGUAUCUUCGCCUAAGAAAUCGUCAACGUCUUCGUCGUUAGAAAAUUUGGAUGCAAAAGAAAAUCUCAAUACAAAUGAUCUCGUUGCUCAAAUGCAAAACUUAGAAAUUAAAGUGGCCAAAAGAACAAAAUCAUCAACAGCGACAACACCAACAGAAAACGAAACAAAACCCACCAGAAGUCGUGGACGUAAACCGAAUCCAGUCAAAGAAACAACUGCACCUGUUGUUAUCGUUCUAGAAGAUUCUCCUUGUACAAUUAAACCUAACCUUAAGGAAUUUAUUGACAAACCAAAAACGUCUAGAAAUCGUGCAACAACUAGAGAUAAAUCUCCCAUUGUCCCAUCAAACAAUAACGAUGGUUUAGUAUUAAUCUCCCCCGAAACUCGACCACGCAGACAACGAAAGCUUGUUUUGGAAAAUAAUGAAAAACCAAAUUUACACACUACCCCAAGUGUCACUAGAAGACGCCAGAAAAAUUUAGUCUAAUCUUUUUAUUUAUUAUUACAAUUUUUCCCUGUUAAUUUAUGCAAAACUAUUUUGUUGCAAGUUAUUUAAUAAGUUUUAUUUCUUUGACUUUAACUUUUCGAAUUUUAAUUAAUUUCUUUGUAGUAACAAUUUAAAUACAUAUAUUUUUGAUUAAAGACAUUUGCUUUCAUACAUUUUUACAAGGCGUAUUAAUUAAUACACUUUGUUUAGCAAUAACAACAUAAAAUAAUAAGUUAUCUAAUAAAAACCUAAUCCUAGUAGGUAGUGUCCUACCGAAGACAUUGAAAAACUUUGUAAA